UCUAACAAAGAAACCCCAAAAUAAGAAAAAGAAACAAAGGGUACUUGAUGAAUUGGGUAAUUCACGUGAAGAAAAGAAAGCCGAUCCAGCCGACCCAUCAAAUGGUUACGAUGAAGGAUCAAAACCGCAUGAAGCAAGUGGCAAUGAUGAAGGAUCAAAACCUUGUAAAAAAAAUAAGGCCGACCUAUCAAGCAAUAAUAAAGAAAACAAGGCCGAUCCUUCAGCGUUACUACUUUCAUCACACGGUUUUGAUUCUUUAUUGUUGCCACUUGCUUCAUGUGGUUUUGAUCCUUCAUCGUUACCACUUCAUUACGCGGUUUUGAUUCUUCAUCGUUGCCACUUGCUUCAUGCG